GUUUGUCAUGGCAACUUGCUUACUGCGCUGCUCAUUUGAUAUACGGCUGUCGCGAAGACCAAUGUGGGUGUGCAGUCUCAGUAAUCUGACACUGCUCAUGCGUUCUUUCUGACUGACAGAGCAGGCUGUGGAUCAUCUCGCUGGUCCUGGGACAUGAGCAGUUUCAUACGGCUGGCCACAAUAUCAUUACCGUUUGGACUCCUGUUCUCAAGAGCCAUGGCUUGGACAUCAAGUGGAAAAACACACAGCGAUCUUGUUAACAAUCUUAGAAAGAAUGGAGUGAUCCGGACUCAGCGUGUGUUUGAUGCUCUAAUGGAGACCGACCGAGCACAUUAUAUCCAAAACUUACCAUAUAUGGACUCCCCACAGAGUAUAGGAUACAGGGCUACAAUUAGUGCACCCCAUAUGCAUGCACAUGCGCUGGAGGUAUUAGAAGAUAAAUUGUUCGAAGGUGCAAAGGCAUUGGACGUUGGCUCUGGGAGUGGAUAUCUCACUGCAUGCUUUGCUAGAAUGGUAGGGCCCACAGGAAAAGUUGUUGGCAUUGACCAUAUUGAUCAACUUGUCCAUGAUGCAACUGAGAAUGUCAAAAAAGAUGAUCCAACAUUACUGAGCUCUGGACGCAUUAAAUUUAUAGUUGGCGAUGGUAGAUCUGGCUAUCCUCAGGAAGGCCCAUAUGAUGCGAUUCAUGUAGGUGCAGCAGCUGCUAAGAUGCCACAGGGGCUGCUGAAUGAGUUGAAGCCAGGAGGAAGACUGGUCCUACCUGUGGGUCCAGAAGGUGGAAGUCAGUUUCUAGAACAGUAUGACAAGGAUAGUGAUGGGAACAUAACAAGGGUUCGCUUAAUGGGUGUCAUGUAUGUUCCCCUAACAGACAAAAAGAGACAAUGGCCACUGAAUGAGCUUUGAAUAUUGCUUGGUGACCUUCAGGAUAACAAGUUGAUGAAAAGAGUAGUUUUGACAUGUGGUUUCAAGAUGGUACAAAGAUAUGUCUCAGGAGGCAACUCUAAAGCCCUUGCUAAGAAAUACAGCAGGGUCAAAGAUUAUGCAGGGCUGCAAAAUUUCCACAUCUGUAGAUCUGUUGAUGCAAUCUGAUAAAAUGAAAAGUAUAAGAAUUAAAUAAUUCAGUAAUUUGAAAACAUAUAUAUAUAUAAAAAUAUAAAUUACCCUUUUGUUUAUAAAUCUAAAAACAAAUUCCCAAGCCAAAGAUGGUCCGCUUGAGUAAACUGUAUGUUUGUAUAAAUGAAUAGCAGGAGUAACUUGCAUGAAAAUUAUACGUUCAUCAUAAAUAUAUGAAAAUGCAACAUUUUCUUGCUUGAUUUAGACUUUCUGACAGAUUUAUUAAAUUAGUUUAGCGGAGCAGAUAACUGAGGUCUUAUAGGCACAUGUGUACAGACUAUAUGUGUAUAUGAUUUUUGAUCUCAAAUGGGGUCUCAGGGAUUUUUAGGGUCUAUAGAAAAGUAAGCAGCUAUUUUUUUAAGAACGACAUCUUUUGGGGUGUAUUAAGAAAAACAUAUUUUGCUAAAUUAUUGGUGUCAUAUAUUUACAACGAUUAAGAAACACCAUGCUACCUUGCAUGUAGAGUUAUGUAUAGUAUGCCAAAGAGCCUUCUUCCAUUCUGCUGGUCACUGUAUCAAAUAGUUUUCCAUUAAAAGCAGUAGGCCUGACAUGCAUGGUAGAGAGACAGUUUGGACAUGUACUGAGCUCCUGAGUGCAUUGUUCAGAUGCGAGUAUUGUAUGGGCAUUGAAACCUUUCUCACCCAAUCAGCGCUAUUUAAUAAAAUUUCUUUAGUAAUCACUGCA